AAGCACUUGAUACUUAACCAAAUAGUUUUGAUAUUGUGAUACCAGUGUUUGAUAUUUAUACUCUUUUUGUAUUAAGGGGUAUCGCUAUUUUGGCAUAUUGUCGUCUUAAAUAUAAAAUAUAAAUGAUGGAUAAUUCUAUGGCACAAAGUAUAGAACAAACUUUUGGUAAAACGUUUCUGCAGUACUGUUUACAUAAUAAAAUAUUACUCAAACGUGAUAAAUGUGGUGCUUUUGAAGUGUCUGGGACAUCAAAUAAUAUUAGAACUUUAUCAGACUGUUUAUAUAUUAUUGACAACAUUAAAUUGGAAACAGAUAAGAAAUUAAAAAAGUUACAAAAAGAAGCAUUGACUGCAGACUAUUCACCCUAUUCAGCUCUAAUAAAGGCUAGGACUAAAACAAACAAAAAUAAAGUGAAAAAUAUGUCCAAAAGGAAAUGUGUAUCAAUUUAUGAUAAAUGAGUAAGGAAUUAAAUAUUUAUUUAUACAAUGCAUCUUCAUUAUAAAUGUUAUGCAAGUUUGAAAGACUGUCUUCUCGAUAAAUAUAAAAAUGGAAAUGAAAUAUAUAACUUUAUUCUAAAAAAUAAACUAUGAUAAAUAAUAUUGUUGUUAACACAUUGAAUGCCAUAAGAGUCACUGGUAACUGGCAUUCAACUUGUCAGUAGCACUGUGAAGGUCACUGGUGACUGGCACGCCAAGAUUAGUAGAAACAGAUAAUUUGAAUAAAUAUCAAUAGUUAUAAAUUUUAUUAUCAUCAUUAACAUUGUUACUACAAUGGCGUGAUGAAAUGAAUGCAGUAUAAAACAUAUAAAAAUAGUUUUAUUUAUACAUGAAAUAUAAACCUAUAGUAUUUCAACAUUAUAUGUAUCACAUAAUAAAAAAUGUAUCAUGUUGUCAUGGGCAAUCCCUGUAAAACUAGCAUGGCAUUCAACGUGUUAAUUAUUGAUUUUAUUUCAGUCCUUAUUUUACUUUUAGAAAAAUUUAAGAAAACUCAUGAAAAAUUCCAUUAUUUUAAUGUUUUGAAGCAUUUAAUCCAUAAAAAAGAAUUUAAACAACUAAAAUCAGAAUGUAAAUAUAAGUUAAUAAAAAACAAUUGAAGCCA